AUGGCUACCGACGCUCUCAUCACAUUCAAGGCUGGCCAGUGCGACGUAAAUAAGGUCAAGCCUGAUGCCACUCCUGGCUAUGUCUACCUGUACGAAGAAGAUGAGCUUGUACACUUCUGCUGGCGCGCUCGUUCCGCCCCACCGACCAGCCCCGAGCUCGACUUGAUCAUGUUCCCUGGCGAUGCUACCUUCACACCUUACACCGGCAACACCUCAUCAGCCGACACGAAAUCCCCUACCAACGGCCGUAUCUACAUGCUCAAGUUCUCAUCGUCCUCUCAACGCCACUUCUUCUGGCUUCAAUCCAAAUCACAACACCCUAGUGGCGACGCAAGCUGGUUCAGCUCAAGAGACAAGCGCUAUGGCGAGAUUAUCAACCAAGUCCUUGCUGGUGAAGAAGUCGAUGUUGGUUUCGAGGUUCAGCGUCUGAGAGGUGGUGAAGACGAUGAUGAUGAGGGCGAUGAUGUUGACAUGGAGGAUGCACAACCCGAACACCACAGACAGGGAAGCGGCGGUGCUGGUGCAGACGCUACUGGUGCAGAUGCCAGAGAUGAGGGUGAAGCCAGCCGCGAGGGUGGUGCCGACGGCGGUAGAGCUGCUCCUCCCGGCGAUGCAAACGAUGCUGUUCAAAAUUUCCUGAGAUCCCUCCAAGGUUCAUCAGUUGGCUCGCAACAACAGCAACAGCAACAUUCAUCUUACGAUCGCCCAUUCACCACUCUCUCGGAGCUUCUCUCGACCGGCAACACUAUCCCUUGGCUGUCAUCAACCUCGCCUCAGCAAAUCGACGCACUUUGCAUGCACCUGCCUCCGUCCCUCUUCCUGCUAGCACAGGAGUCCGCUGCAACCACUUCCUCGGCCGAGCCCAGUGAAGAGACCGCACGCGCAGCAAUCGAAGCCAUGGCUACUGAACAGAAGCGCGAGUUGCUGCAGCGAGUCCUCCGCUCGCCUCAAUUGAACCAGAGUUUGGGCAGCUUGACAUUUGCUCUGAGAGACGGCGGUCUUCCUAUGGUCUCGGAGGCUCUCGGCGUCAAGGUUCAGAACGGUGGUAUGGUCAAGGGCGGCAGCGUGCCCCUUGGAGGUGGUGAGGCUGUGGAGGCCUUUGUGGAGGGCGUCAAGAAGGGUGUCCAGGACAAGAAGUCAUCUUGAUUCUACGUCUAGACACGCUUGAUCCAGCAAGAUUGUUCAUUCACAGCUUGCUACUAUGUGUUGAUAAUACGAAUAUAUGUUGAAACGCAUGGCCUCCAGACGUUGUGCGAAUCCCUAUCGGCUUCUGAUUAUCCGCGAACACUUCUUCGCAUUUCGUCCUUACCACUCUCAACAGGCUAAACUCUUCAUCUUCCAUUAGUGUCCCGCAUUCUAGUCCCACCAUUCGGUACAGCCAAUCUGCGAGCUUAUCUCGUGGCGUCUGUACCUCUUGAUAUGCCACUGAUACGCUGAUAACAACUCCCGUCGCACUCCAUAACACAAGGCCAAAGGAGCACACAUGCUUUUUUGUCAUGACGCGCUUGUGCAUUGCUCCGCGCUGCUCAGGAUAACAAGUACCGAUAAUUACAAGAAGAGCUGUAAGUCCAUUCGAAUCGGU